GCUAACGAAGCCCGAACGAACAAGACGCAAAUCGAAAAAGAUUUUAUUUAUUUUAAAUAAUGUUUGAACGAUACCUGUCGGCGCUGCAAUACCCUCGAAUAGGAAAGAUUAACUUUGAAGAUCCGAAAGAUUUUCGAGGAUUUAUCGUGUGGCUGGAGGAUCAGAAAAUACGGCUGUACCCCAUCGAAGAGCGCGAUGCGUUACGCAAAAUCAACGCGCUGGAAUGGAGCAAAGUGUUCAAAAAGUAUAAACAGGACAUAAACAUGCCCGCCCCGCUAAAAACCCAACGGGAAGAACUAGCGUGGUUAUUGUUGUACGCUAUCAAACUUGAAUACACUGACGAAGCGAGUCAGUACAAAACGAUUACCGCGGCCAAAAAGCAGGAUGGGGAAGCAAAACGAACGGCCGCUCCGGAAAUUAAAUCCACCAGCCUGUUCGACGCUUACGACCAGUCGGAUGCCGACUUCGUGGAAGGUUCCUACAAACUGGCCGAGCGCCUGGCUAUUGCGCACCAUCCGACCCAUCUGAUCUCUCUACAAGCGGCCGCAAAAGUAAUCUGCACGUCGUUCGAUAAAGAGGUACUCAAAGAACGUGUCGUGACGGGAAAACCGUUUCCGAUCGACGAGGGCAACGGGAUGGGCUUCACAGACGAUGCCGCGCUGGAGCAGGGUGCUCGAAUUCUGCGAUUAUUGCAGAUACAGAGUGUCCGCAAGCUGCAAACCACCAUCAACGAAACAAUUGUUUCGGCACAAAAUGUUACGGCAGACCCGCGAACUGACACAAAGUUGGGAGUGGUGGGAAUUAAACAGUGAUCAUUUAUUGGAAACUAAU